ACGAAACUUAACGAUCUAUGCUUAACGAUACUUAACCUUAAAGUUUGUCCUAAAAAUAUCAGUAAUAGUCAAAAUAAAUUGCUAUAUUAUUAUGGCACGGAAUGCAGAAAAAGCGAUGACAACAUUAGCACGUUGGCGUGCCGCACAAUUAGGCGAAAAUGAAAAACACAAAGUGAAGAGGAGACCUUAUCUUGCAUCAGAAUGCAAAAGUUUAUAUGCAUGUGAAAAAUGGAGAAUGCAAGUGAUAAGAGAAAUAGCGAAGAAAGUGGCUCAGAUUCAAAAUGCAGGUUUGGGUGAAUUUCGAAUAAGAGACCUCAAUGACGAAAUUAACAAACUGUUGCGAGAAAAGCGUCAUUGGGAAGCUCAAAUAAAGGAACUUGGAGGUCCUGAUUAUGCUGAAAUUGGGCCAAAAAUGCUAGAUCAUGAAGGAAAAGAAGUUCCAGGAAACAGAGGUUAUAAGUACUUUGGGGCUGCAAAAGAUUUACCGGGUGUACGUGAACUUUUUGAACAAGAACCACCUCUGCCUCCUAGAAAAACAAGAGCUGAACUUAUGAAAGAUAUAGAUGCAGACUAUUAUGGCUACAGAGACGACGAUGAUGGUAUUUUAGUGCCCCUGGAGUUUUUUACUGAAAAAGCAUGUAAAGUAUUUAUUUUCACUAGAUACAUUACAUACACAACAGUUAAACAAUUAUUUCCAAAUUGGGUUUUGUUUUAACUUAAAAUACAAUAUAUUCAUAUAAAUUUUGUAAUUCGUUAAAUUUUAUGCUAUUAGCUCGUUCUUAAUUAUAUGUUGUUAUGCAUCUUAACACAUUAAACUGCACAAUGUUUAAGAGCCCUACUACAAUUGCUUUUAUACAUUGAUAUUCUUGUCUUUUUUAAUUAUAUAUAUUUAUAAUUCUUGUAUUGAGCUUACAGCUUGUUCAAGUUCAAAUAAAUAGUUUGUAGCAAUAUAUAGUAAUAAGCAGUUAAUUAGGAAACAACAGCAAACUCUUGGACAGUAAAUUUAAUUUUAUUUUUAAGGUGAGCAGUUUUUAGCUAAUAGCUGUAGGUACAGAAUCAUUUUGGUACCGGUUGUCAUAAGAUGACAGAAAGUUUUUUCCUACAAAAAAAAACAUGGUCAUCCU